AUGAACAUCCUCGACACACUCUUCGGCCGUACGGUCACCCCCGCCGAGCGGCUUCGCCAACACCAGCGCUCGCUGCAAAAGGCCCAGCGCGAGCUCGAGCGCGAGCGCGGAAAGCUCGAGCAGCAGGAGAAGAAGACCAUGGCGGACAUCAAGAAGAAUGCCAAGUCGGGCAACAUGAACGCCUGCAAGAUCCUUGCAAAGGACCUGGUCCGCACGCGCAGGUACAUGCAAAAGUUUACCCAGAUGCGCGUGCAGCUCCAGGCCGUUUCGCUCCGCAUGCAGACCCUGCGGUCCAACGAGCAGAUGGCCAGUGCCAUGAAGGGCGCUACUAGGGCCAUGGGUCAGAUGAACAGGAGUCUCAACCUCCCUCAGAUCCAGCGUAUCAUGAACGAGUUUGAGAAGGAGUCGGCGACGAUGGACAUGAAGGAGGAGAUGAUGUCCGAUGCCGUCGACGACGCCAUGGAGGACGAGGACGAGGGCGAGGGCGAGGAGGUCGAGAGCGACAAGAUCCUCAAGGAGGUCCUCGACGAGAUUGGCAUGAGCAUGAACGAGUCGCUCGCCUCGGCGCCCACAGCCAACCCGCUCGCCAACGAGCCCCUCCAGUCCUCCCGCGUCGCCGUGGCCGAGGGCGGACCCAGCAUGCCCCCUCCUCCCGCCUCGGGUGGUGGUGGUGGUGGCGGCGGCAGCAAGGAGGAAGACGAUCUCCAGCGCCGACUCGACAUGUUGCGACGCGAUUAG